UUUCGUAGGAGCGUCAAAGACGUGUUGAGACCCGAACACAAUGACCAUUUUUUAUUAAGAUGGUUAAGAGCUCGACAAUGGGACCCAGAAGCCGCAGAGAAGAUGUUAAGAGAUUCAUUGAAAUGGCGAGAGAAAUGGGAAGUAGACACAACUCUACCGAGUUGGCAGGCACCCGAAGUUCUAGAAAAACACUUUCCCAGCGGCAGCACGGGCUUCGACAAGGAAGGCUCACCAGUGAUAAUUGUUCCAUUCGUUGGUCUGGAUGUAUGGGGUCUACUGCACUCCUUCACCAGGACUGAAGUCAUUCGAAUGAUUUUGAAACAUUUGGAGAACUACCUCGCUAUAGCAAGAAAACAAGCGCUCACUCACGGACCGGACGCUUUGAAGGUAACAGUGAUUUUUGACUUGGAGGGUUUCAACAUAAGACAGUACGCGUGGAAACCAGCCGCGGAAAUGGUAUUCACCCUUCUAAAACUUUACGAAGCCAAUUACCCUGAGAUAUUGAAGAGUUGCUUCAUUGUUAAUGCGCCCAAAGUCUUCUCUCUAGCAUUCUCCGUGAUCAAAAAAUUUAUGCACGAAUACACCAUAUCGAAGAUCAAGAUAUUCGGUACGGAUACAAAGAAAUGGCAGGCGCAAGUAUUGAACCUGAUCGAUAAGGACCAGCUACCGGUUCACUACGGCGGGACUAUGGUCGAUGAAAAUGGCGACCCGAGGUGUAGUUUAAUUGUGAAGCCAGGUGGGAAAGUGCCUAAAUGUUACUACUCAAAGAAUACCAGUGAAAAACAGAAGAAUUACAAUAAAGUCACCAUAAAGACCGGAGAGAAGCACGUCUUAGAUUUGCUGUGUGCGGACAACGACAGCGUUUUGAAAUGGGAAAUCGGAGUGGAACAUCACGAAAUAAAAUUUCAAAUAAAACGAAGGGACGAGGAAGGCAACGAGGAAGUGGUCCACGGGCCGAGGAAGAUCGCCGAGGGUCCGAUGGACGUCGGCGUGCUCUCCGUCACCGGACCGGCCACGUAUUCAGUGAUAUUCGAUAACAAAAACGCGUUCCUAAAGAACAAGAAGAUAUUCUAUGACAUUUUGAUAACGGUGCCGACCAGGGACCUCAACAUUAACGACGAGCCCGACGACCACAAUGAACCUGUCGCUGCUGCGUAUGAAUAAACAGUAUUCUUAGAGAGAUAACUAAUAAAUUAUAGUAGAGCGGAUGAGCUAAACUAGGUCAUUUAUCGCAAACAGUC